AUGGCGGCUGCCACCAAAAGGAGCGCACCCCCGCUCGACUCGGACGUCCCCGCGGAGGAGUCACGGUCGCGCCUGAGGAACGUCAAGCGUUUAGCGGCCUUGAGUGAGCAAGAGCCCGCCGUGCAACAGCUGGAGGAGUUCGUGUUUGGCCACGUGCACGCGACUCUGCAGGAAAACGUAGAGGCGCUGCCACAGGUAGAAGAAGAAGAAGAAGUUUUGCUUCAAUCAGACGAUGAGGCAGAAGCACGUUUACGUCCUCCGCCAAUCAAGAAAGCUGCUUGGACUGAUGAAGAUGAUGACCUGGAAGAAGAGGUGGACAUGAAGCAUCCUUUUCGAAGUUACCUGAUGCGAGGGGAAGCCGAGAGCAGCAUGAGCAAGGAAAAACUCCGAAGCAGAAUGAAAGACCAGUUCGAGAAGGCCAUGGGCGGAGUUCCGGCCUGGGCUGUCAGUGGUGGGAGGAAAGUUACCAAAGAUGAUGAUGAUGAUGAUGACGAUGAGGAGGAAGCCGAUGACCUGCUGAGGAGAACGGGAAACUUGGUGGCGUCUUCGGACGAAUUGUCUAGCGGCAUCCUCAGAAUGAAGAGGUGUCUCCACGCCAACGCAGCGCGCCCGUCUUCCGACGGCCUGACGUCGGUCCAGUUCCACCCGACGGCGCAGGUGGUCUUGACGGCCGGUUUGGACUGCUCGCUGUCGCUCUUCCAGGUGGACGGCAAGACCAACAGCAAGAUCCAAAGCGUCCACCUGGACCGCUUCCCCGUCCACAAAGCUCGCUUCAGCCGCCAAGGCGACGCCGUCAUCGCCACCAGCCUGAAGAACAAAAUGUUCUACAUGUAUGACAUGAUGGAGGGAUGCGUCACGCCUGUGCAACACGUAAGAGGUUUGCAAGAGGCCCGAGUGAAGGACUUCUGCGUGUGUCCCGAGGGGGGCGCUCUGCUGCUGACGGGAAGUCGGGGAUACCUGCACAAGCUCACGCUCAAGACCAAAGAAGUGGUGAGCAGCAUGAAGAUGAACAGCGAGGUGACGGACGUGGCUCUGAGCGCCGACGGCAGCAAAGUGUUCGCUCACUCAGAGGACGGUGAGGUGUACGUAUGGGACGCGCGGAGCAGUCGCUGCCUCAGCAAGUUUUCAGACGACGGCUGCGUGGCUGGCACGGCCAUUGCCGUGUCACCCGACGGACGCUACGUGGCGUGCGGUUCCCAAGCAGGUGUGGUAAACCUGUACCGUCAGGAGGCGUGUCUUAACUCGGCCAAUCCCCAGCCCCUGAAAGCCAUCAUGAACCUGCUGACCCCCGCCACAGCUCUCACCUUUAACCCCAGCUCAGAGAUUCUAGCCAUCGCAUCGCGACACCAGGACGAGGCUGUCAAACUUGUUCACCUUGCCAGCACCAGCGUCUUCUCGAACUUUCCGAUUUCUAAGAGGAAGGUGGUGUACCGGACUUCCUGUAUGGACUUUUCCCCUCACGGCGGCUUUUUCUCAUUGGCCAACAACAAAGGACACGCCCCUCUCUUCAGGCUGCUGCACUACAAGAGUUUCUGA